AUGAACAAUUUCCCUAUCGACACACUUUCUGACGUUUCUGAGAGCGACAGCUGCAGUGAAACACCUCAUGUUGAUUCAAGCCCGACUUUACAAGUUACAUCUGCUCUUCCGGAAGUCCAGCCUUUGCAGCCGCAGUCCAAACGAAGUUUGAAAAGACGGCGUAAAAAGUGGGUCCCCUUUCCUAAAUCACAGUUCAGAUUCAAGGGUCAUGAAGAGAUCAUGCGUGAUCCAGAGAUCCUGCGUUGGUGGAAACGUAGAUUUGAUCUAUUUGAGCGGUUUGACGAGGGCAUUCAGAUGGACAGAGAGUCGUGGUAUAGUGUGACCCCAGAAGAAAUUGCUCGAAAUCAGGCCGAUACCUGUGCGUGUGAUUUAAUAGUUGAUGCUUAUGCAGGAGCUGGCGGGAAUUCCAUUCAGUUCGCGCGGACUUGUGGAUUCGUCAUCGGUAUCGACAAUUGCCUGGAUCGUUUAAUUGGUGUGUUCACACCAAACACUCGCGUCUAUGGAGUCUCGUCCUGCAUCGACUGCAUCUGUGGCGAUGUCACACGCAUCCUCCGCGCCUUGCGUGCUGACACCUGUGUCGACACUAUCUUUAUGUCACCCCCAUGGGGCGGACCCUCUUAUCCCCACCAUCGUCCUCUCCCUCCCGGUUCGGCCAGUUGGAAUAAGCGUCGACGACGUCAGCGCAUAAUUGCCGAGAUGAGAGCAGCCAAAGGUGAUGAUAUCUAUGACCUUACAGCUAAUAUUCCCAGCCUCAUGGAAGCGAUUGUGGCGGCCAGGAGCCUCUUCCCGACACGCCCAAGGAUCGCAGUGUACCUCCCUCGCAAUUGUGCAUUGGGACAGGUGCUUAAACUCGGAUGGGGUGGAGAGAAUCUGGAGAGUGCAGAGGGACGGGAGGAAGUGGUGAUAGAAGAGUACUGGUUGAGAGGAAGACGACUUGCCAUCUGUGCUUACAUUGGAGGAUUCGCAAUCGAGGAUUCGCUGACGCGCUGUGAAUAA